AUGGAUGCAUCCAAGGUCCAAGAUCUCUUACGGUUCUUGUCAAAGGAUGCAAAAGUCCCAUUAGCGUCGGCCAUGGGUAACAUCCCAGCACUACAAAAAGCUAACCUGAACAGCCCAGAAGAAAUUUCCAAGUCGAAUAUUAAAGCUCUGGAAGAAAUAUUCACAAAUGACAAAAUGGCUAAACAAGUCUUCAAUGCUGCAAGGCGGGUAUCCAAGAAACGAGUCAGCUCUACUGAUGACACAGGUAUAUCGCCUCAGGCAAAGAAAAAUAAAAAUAUCCCCAUGACAAAAGGUUCAACGCCAUAUCAAAUUGAAUCAUCUUUGUGCCUGCCAAAUUCGACUGCGGGUGACGAUGAGCUGCGAAAUAUAAUCUUGGUGACCAACCGAGCACCGUUGGUACUUGCCUUUGCGGUAUGUGUUCUGAAAUACACAAUGCCUGAACAACCAAUAUCUAGCAGACUUAGCCUUGCCCAGGCAUUGGUCAGUGCCAAUAGCCAGACCAAGGCCAUCAGUCUAGGCAUACAGAGUGAACGGGCAGCUGAGGAAGAAGGGUGGGGAGAGGGCCAACCCGUUGUCAAAGUCCUCGGUCGAGGUAUUCGAGUGCUAAAAAGAUGGGAUUAUGACCCCCAAGAAGGAAAACCGCUCCAGUCAACAUCAGAAGAACACGAUUCUAGCGACAUCCCUGUCAUUGAAUUUCUUGGAAGUCCCGAUGCCAAUGAUAGCCCUGACAAAAUGCCACCACUCUGGGGUGUUGAUCUAGAGGCACUUCGAAACUCGCAUUCCGAGGCUACAAAACCGGAAGUCAAAUCUGGAAACAGACUGCCAAUAUUCACGGCGGAAUCUGCUCGAUCCUAUCUUAUUCGAUCAAUCACGAGACUACAAGAAAACAAAUUUCCAGUGAAAAAGUCAAAACCAACUCCAUUUAUGGAUGGCGAGCAGGAAGACAAUGUUGGUCACCUUCUACGUGCCAUUAACUCCGUCUGCUUCUCAUGGUCCACGACCUUGGAUCGAUCUGAGUUAGACAAGCGUGCCUGGGCUUGGUAUCUCCGUGUGAGACCAGAUGUCCAAAGUGGAGCACAGGGAUGGGGUGAAAAGGGGCAAUUGAGAUUAUCAAAUAUCCUUGACCUUCGGAGGAGCCCUUGA